ACGUGUAAGAUCAAACGACUCAGCCACGAUAUACAAGUCAUCUCUCCCAAAUCCAACCUGAAUUAUUCCUGCAAAAAAAAAAAAAGUCUUCUUUAUGAAUAGAAUAAUAAGUCAUUAUUAUUUAGUUAUAGGACCCAAGAAGAGAACCAACCAUUUGGGGUUUUCAAACUCCUCCAUGCCCACUUCUCCCUUCUCUCUCUUCCAUGGCCGAACCCCUAAAGAAAACCCAUCAAACCAACCCCAGAAGCAGUUGCUUUCUCGGUUGUUUUGGGUUUUCUAAGAAGAAAAAACCCCUGGAAAAAACCAUUCAAACCAGUGUCAGCCGUACUAAAACGGUGCCCGUAGUUAACACCGAGAAGGCAGAGUCUGAUAGCAAAAGCCAUAUGUCAAAGAUGAUCAAGAAGAAAUCUGAUAGCAAGCUUUCCUCUGAACCUCAGAGCCCUGCCAAUCAUAAACAUUCACAUCAAAAUUCCAAAGCUAAUCAGCAACUUGCAUCCUCCAAUCAAGCUGCAAGAGAGAGGCCUAAUGAGACAAAGCUGCAGGGACCUGAACCGAAUAUCUUCCUCGGGAAUAAGAAACUUUUGGACCCAACGAGAACAGGGUCAAGCCUACCGGGUUCACCGAACGUCAAGCCCAAAACCAAACCCAAAACACAAGCGGAGUUGUCCCACACGGUUUCGUUGCCGCUCCCAGGAAGGAACCAGCGAGUGGGGAAUCCCCGGAUUCAUGCUCGGAUCAACUUAAAGGAUGAGCUUCAACAGAAAAACAAUGACCCCGUGAUGGGUAUGUAUAUUAUCAUGGUGACCUUGAUAAUAAUGUUAGUUUGGGGUCGAUUAUGUGCCAUUCUUUGUACGUCGGCAUGGUUUUAUUUUUGCCCUCGUUUUCCAACCACAAUUAACAACAGUGACAUUACUGUUCAAAGACCCGUCAACUCGAAUGAUUUAGAUUUGAAUUCGGAGGGGUACAAAAAGAGGGUGGUGUUGGAGGGGUUGCUCGACAGGAACCACCGGGUUACCCUAUGAAACUUUUGUACAUAAUAUUUUUCCUUUGGUUCUGAUGCGCACUUUAGAUGUAACUAUAUAUGUUUUACUAAAGUGUGCCUGAUGGGCAUUUUGUUUGAAAAUUUAGCAGUAAACCAUUGUUAAAAUGUGUUGGAGUCAAUGUCUUCUAGAAUCAAAGUUCAGUUUUUCCAAUUUGGUGCUCUUUGUUUAAUUGGCAGUAAGCACGUUUCGAAGACUUGGUAAAUAACUAGGGUGAUGUGGACUUGGGUUUGUGUAGCUCAAACAUGGUUGUCAGCUUUAGUUGUCUGUUUCUCCAUCACCCAACAUCCACCAGAGAAUUUAAGAGAAAAACUAAAUCUAUAUCAAAUAUAUUAUUUAUUUGUUUAUUAAUUCUUUUUAGAUUAACCUGUUUUCCUGUUGAUUACAAAACUGAAAUGCGAAGCAUUAAUGGUGUUUUGCUUUGCUUUUCUUUUUUUUUUUUUAAAUAUUCUACAGGACUCCAACCAAAUUUAGUUGACAUUUUCUUCUCAGUUUCCUUUUUUUUUUCCACCUCUUCAUCAGGCGAUAGAACAGCUGAGAAGAGUGAAGAGGCUUCUGCCUUUUUGACUAAUGGUUUUGUUGGUUGUUUCUGCAUAACCAAGCUGGCUAUUAAUUAUGGUGUGUUUGGUUUUCUUUUCUCCCUUGUGUGUGGCAUGGGCUUAAUGGAGAGAAAGGAAAACAAAAUGUUUUCUUCAAACAAAUAAAUACUAGUAUAUUAUUAUUACUACUCUCAU